AUGCUGGCCAUUGCCUCGUUUCUUCGUCUUACCAGAGAAUCUAGUGUCAAUAACUUGCCUAAACAUAACAUACACACAAAAGAAAUAGAAAAAGAAAGAAAGAAGAGAAAAAGAAAGAAAGAAGAGAAAAAGAAAGAAAGAAGAGAAAAAGAAAGAAAGAAGAGAAAUAGAAAGAAAGAAGAGAAAAAGAAAGAAAGAAGAGGAAAGGAAAGAAAGAAGAGAAAAAGAAAGAAAGAACGAGAGAAAGAGAAAGAAAGAAAGAACGAGGGAAAGAGAAAGAAAGAACGAGAGAAAGAGAAAGAAAGAACGAGAGAAAGAAAUGAAUGA